CCGCUGCUAUGCUCUAUUGAUUCUGGGUCGCCUGUGUGGCCUCUCUCCGCGACCGUGCUUCGCGUGUUGCUAGAUGGCUGGGAUUUCUCACUGACAUCGUCGUCUUAUAGCAGGCAGCUCGCGGUCUGAAGAUCAAUAUGUCAACAUCACCGGAAGCCAGUCCUGUGAACGGACAUGCGUCUCCUUCGGACGAUGAGCGCAUGAGUCACGUAGCCAAUGGUGACCAAAGCGAUAGCGACCUGUCCGACGUACAGGCUCCCGACGUUGAUCGCUUAACGCCCGACUCUCCGGACGCGCCCGGCUCGCCAGCCGGAAAACCGGACCUGACCAUCGAAGAAGCUUCCGAUUCGAGUGAUAAUGUUUCCGAUGAUGGAGACUUUGAUAUGGCCGAGAGCCCUACCUCCGCUCGGAGUAAUGCUGGAAAUAGCCGUGCCGCCUCCACUGAAAGCCGGCCUGCCCCUAAGCGAAAGGCCGCCCACGCGGCUGAAGAAGAUUUCAUGAGAGAGAAUCCAGAGUUGUACGGCUUGAGACGAAGUUCGCGUCCUACCCAACGCCGCAAAGUCGUUGAUUCAGAUGAGGAAGAGGAAGCAUCCGAUUCUGAUGUCGCUCCUGCUCCCCGCAAAGCUGCCAAGAGAAGGCGCGUUAUUGAUCGCGUCGAGCGCGUCGAUCGCUCCCUUCCUGUCUCCAAACGCGGCACUCCUGCCCGCCAAACUUCUGCGGAUGAUUCCGAUUCCGAUACAUAUGGUGGCGCGAAAGCCCGCAGCUUUCGAAAGAAGGCCCGCCGACAACAGGAGCUACAGCCAUCGCUGGCUCUGGUCGAGAAGCGAUGGUCCAGUCGCCGAGCGGCCCAGGUAUCUGCCGGCGCUUACCAAGAAAGCGAAGGGGAAGAGGAGGAAGAGUCGGGUGUUACACCUAACUACUGGGCCGCUGACGCCGAAGAUAACUCGCCGUACAUUGAAAAGCUCCUCCGCCACCGGCCCAAAGAGGGCGUCGAUCUCGCACCCGAUUCCACGCGACACGACUUCGAGUAUUUUAUCAAGUGGCAAGGCAAGUCACAUUUACACGACACGUGGGAGACUACAGAGAGCGUCGCCGGAUUUCGCGGAUUUCGCCGACUUGAGAACUACUACAAGAAGAUUGUCGAAUACGAACUAGAUAUGAAGUUUGGUGGCGACGAGUACAGCCCAGAGCAACGAGAGCAAUGGUUGCUGGACAGGGAGCGCGAGGAGGAGGCCUUGGCCGAUUAUACCACUGUUGAGCGAGUCGUUGCUCUCCGAGACGGCGAUGAUGACGACGAGUACUUGAUCAAGUGGAAAGGCCUACAAUACGACGAAUGCACCUGGGAAGCAGGCUCGCUCAUCAGUGCUCACGCCCAAGACAAGAUCGACCAAUUUCUAGACCGCUCGUCUCGUUCAUGGCAGUCGGAUCGGAAGCAAACCAACCCCGAGACUCGAUCGCGUAUGACAAAGCUGGAAAAGCAACCUUCUUACAUCGUGGGAGGCGAGCUUCGCGAAUUCCAGCUGAAGGGUCUCAACUUCCUCGCCCUCAACUGGACCCGCGCGAACAAUGUCAUUCUAGCCGAUGAAAUGGGGCUGGGCAAGACUGUCCAGACGGUCGCAUUUCUCAGCUGGCUUCGGAAUGAUCGUGAUCAAGAAGGCCCAUUCCUUGUUGUAGCACCCCUGAGUGUUAUCCCUGCGUGGGCUGAUACCUUCAACCACUGGGCGCCGGACCUAAACUACGUUGUCUACCUUGGGCCAGAGGCGGCGCGAGCCAACAUCCGAGAUUACGAACUUCUCGUGGACGGUAACCCGAAGAAGCCCAAAUUCAAUGUCUUGGUCACCUCAUACGACUAUAUCCUGGCAGACUGGGAACAUCUCCGAACCAUAAAGUGGCAAGUCCUCGCCGUAGAUGAGGCCCAUCGAUUGAAGAACCGCGAUUCCCAGCUUUACGCCAGGCUCAACAGCUUUGGUGUCCCGUGCAAGGUUCUCAUCACUGGUACGCCUAUUCAGAACAACCUGGCGGAACUCGCCGCUCUCUUGGACUUUCUCAAUCCAGGAAAGGUUAUAAUCGAUGAAGAACUUGAACUUCUCUCGACUUCUAAUAACAUCAACCCCGACAAUCCUGAGCAGGAUGAGGCCAAGCGGUACGAGACACAGGCAAAGCUCCAGAACUUGCAUUCGUCGAUCGCUCCUUAUAUCUUGCGCCGCACAAAAGAAACGGUCGAAUCGGAUCUGCCUCCCAAGACCGAGAAGAUCAUCCGAGUGGAGCUGUCCGAUCUUCAGCUUGAGUAUUACAAGAAUAUCCUCACGCGGAACUACGCCGCCCUCAGUGAUGCCAGCAAUGGGCAUAAGCAGUCAUUACUCAACAUCAUGAUGGAGCUGAAGAAGGUCAGCAACCACCCGUACAUGUUUCAUGGCGCCGAGGAACGGGUCCUCGCUGGCAGAACCCGCAGAGAAGACCAAAUCAAAGGCCUCAUCACCAGCAGCGGAAAGAUGAUGCUCCUUGACCAGCUUCUUACUAAGCUAAAGAAGGACGGCCACCGCGUCUUGAUCUUCAGUCAGAUGGUCAAAAUGCUCGACAUUCUCGGUGAUUAUCUGCGGAUUCGCGGCUAUCAGUUCCAGCGGCUUGACGGCACAAUCCCCGCCGGGCCUCGCCGCAUGGCAAUUAACCACUUCAACGCCGAAAAUAGCGAGGACUUCUGUUUCCUCUUGUCCACACGAGCUGGUGGUCUGGGCAUCAAUUUGAUGACCGCCGACACCGUAAUUAUCUAUGACUCGGACUGGAAUCCGCAAGCGGAUUUGCAAGCUAUGGCCCGGGCUCAUCGUAUAGGCCAAAAGAAGCCUGUUAACGUGUACCGUCUUGUGGCGAAGCAGACCAUUGAGGAGGAAGUCGUUACGCGUGCCCGUAACAAACUUUUCCUUGAGUAUCUCACGAUCCAAGCUGGCGUUACCGACGAAGGAAAGGCAUUGAGAGAGCAGUUUAAAGAACGCGGCUUCAAGAUGGACGAGGCAAAGACAUCCGAAGACAUCUCAAUGAUUCUCAAGAUGCGCUCGCAAAAUCUCUUCGAACAGUCGAGCAACCAGGAGAAGUUGGAGCAACUCGAUAUUGAUGCCAUUCUCGAAAACGCCGAAGUCACAAAGACUGAUGUCGACGACAAGAUCAACCUCAGCAGUGGCGGUAUUGACUGGGAUAACUGGAUGCAGGUUACUGACGUCAAGGUCGACGAGCUUGCACUCGACUGGGAUCAGAUUAUUCCCGCCGAGCAACUUGCAGCCAUCAAGGCAGACGAAGACAAGAAGCAACACGACGAGUACCUAGCCAAGGCAGUGGAAGAGAACGCUCCCCGGAAGGCCACUUUAAAGGGUUCAAAGAGGACUGCCGAGUCUGACCGCGCUGAUCGUCUCGCCAAGAAGAGGCAGCGUGAGAAGCAGGAGCAAGAAGAACUCGAGGAGCAACGAGCGCUUCUAUCAGACCCUAGGCGCCCACUGAAUGAAAAGGAGACUCGAAACCUCAUUCGCGCCUUCUUCCGUUACGGUUCUCUUGAUGAUCGCGAGGAAGAGGUUGUCCAGGAUGCUCGUCUAAGCGAUCGAGACCGAGACUUUCUCAGGUCUAUCAUUGAUGAUUUGAUGGUUCUGAGUCGCGAAGCCGUCGAUGCCAACAAUGAGAAGCUCCGCGAGGAGGAAGAGAGAGCCGGAAAGCCACUUGCCAAGAAAGAUAAGAAGGCCGUUCUCGUUGACUUUGGCGAGGUGCGAAAAGUCAAUGCCGAGACUGUUGUGGAGCGGCCACCCCAGCUGAAGCUGCUACGUCGUGUGCUUCGGGAACAUGGAAAUCCCCAAACCUUCAGACUCCCAGAUGCGGCUAAAUCAGCCCAGUAUUCCUGCGAGUGGGGCGCGCGCGAGGAUGGGAUGCUGCUCGUGGGUAUUGAUCUGUACGGAUUCGGUGCCUGGAUGCAAAUCCGGGACGAUCCCGAAUUGCAGAUGCAGGACAAAUUUUUCUUGGAAGAACACCGAGUGGACAAGAAGGAAGAACGCAAGAAAACCGACGACAAGGGCAUCCAGUCCCCUGGAGCCGUCCAUCUAGUUCGGCGGUCCGAGUACCUCCUGUCUGUCCUUUUGGCCAAGCACUCCAACGACGCAGCUGCCAAGAAGGCUGUGGAGAACCACCAUCGGAGCAAAAAGCUUCUCAUGAAUGGCCAUCGCCGUGGCGACCCAGGUUCCGUCUCGGCUUCACCUGCUCCGCCUAUUUCUAAGAAACCAAGCCAGCACCGGGACAGAAACCAUGACCACAGCCGGUCUUACAGCAACGCCAAUGACAAGGGGACACCGAGGCCUGAGCAUAAGCGGAAACGCCCUGAUAGCUACGACGACCGUAACUCGAAACACCGGCGACUGGAUGACCAGCGUCGCGGCAUUGACAGCAAGCUCGACAAGAAGACUCAGAAGGAAAAAGAGAAGCCGAAAAUGGAUGCCGAGACCAUGGAGAGAUACAAGCGUGACAGACAAAAGGCUGUUGAGCGCUUCCAUGAUCUUGCCAAGCUGCGCGAUGACGAAAUUGACAACUCGGACAACGCACAGCUUGUUUGGUCUGUCCUGCGACCUCUCAAGCCUAACAUGGAGCGCAUAGUAUACUCCAAGGAGCGGUUCCCCGCGGCCAAGGAGCGGGCCAAAAUAUUGGGCGAGGAAAUCCGCACAUUCGGAAAUUUCCUCAAGGGAUUACGUGGAGAGAGUGCAAGCGACCUUGACAGCUUGGAGCCCCAGUUCUGGGAGUUUUUGUCGUCCAUCUGGCCCAUCAGCGAAUCCAAGGUGUCUGGCAAGAGGCUGCAGAAAAUCUUUCGCGACAUAGAGGAGAAGGACAAAGUCAAGAAAGAGGAGGAGGGUACCAUCGAUGUACGGAGAUCAAGGAAUCCAGACCUCGAAGAUGGUGAAAUCGCCAGCGAUCGCGAAGAUCGCCGAGCUCGGGGCCGGGACCGAGACCCCUAUCGAGAUGACCGGCGAGAGGAGCGGCGAGAAGAGCGGCGUGAUGAGCGGCGUGACGAGCCGAAGCGCCGGAACUACUACGAAAAUGGUGAUCGACUUAACUUCCACCGACACCGCCGGGAUGGUGAUAGAGGAGGACCGACGCGUCCUUCGUGGCAGAGCCGCAGCCCCCCAGCUCGGCACAGUCCCUAUUGAGUGUUUUGUCUGAGGGUACUUGUACAGCGGUAAUUCCCAAGACAGAUCUCCGCAUUGGCUGGCGCACCGGUAAUGGUAAUUGAGAUCAUGUUUCGUUUUAUUAUAUUUUCCCUAUCCCUAGGAGGACCCAUAAACUCUACAUACCCGGCAUUGCAUUGACGAAGGAAAGG